AGGUGAUUGGGUUACGAUGAUGAGAUUGACAUGUGGUCAAGAACAAUGAACCAGUCGAAGUUCUUCAAUUGUAUCUGACUCAUUCCAUCAGAGCCUAGCGGAUGGUUCUUGAUUGGCCCGCAUAUGACUUGAUCGAGCGUUGUCUUGAGGGGGUUCUACGUCAACAUCAUGUUGUCUAUCCUCCGAAAAGCCCGACUCAAAGACAAGGAGAUGCGAAUCCUGAUGCUAGGUCUUGACAAUGCAGGAAAAACAACGAUCGUCAAACGCGUCAUGAAUGAGGACAUCAGCACCGUCAGUCCGACUUUAGGGUUUAUCAUCAAGACUAUUGACUUUCAAGGCUACAAAUUGAAUAUCUGGGAUGUGGGAGGCCAGAAAACCAUCCGUUCUUACUGGAAAAACUACUUUGAAAAAACCGAUGCUCUAAUUUGGGUGGUGGAUGCCACUGACCGGCUACGUGUUGAUGACUGCAGGGUCGAGCUCAGAGGACUGUUGUUAGAAGAGAGGCUAGCUGGGGCAAGUCUAUUAGUGUUUUUGAACAAGACAGAUGUGGCUGGAUGCAUGACUGAAGAAGAGAUCAAACAGGGCCUGGAGUUGGACAGGAUCAUGACCCAUCGAUGGAUGAUUGUGCCCUGCAGCGCAGUCACGGGAUCAAAUCUCGACAAAGGAUUAGGAUGGGUUGUGCAAGAUGCACGAGACCGACUGUUUUUAUACUGAAAUAAACGAAGCAGUUCGCCUGGGGGCCAUGGGGGCCCCUUCGGUCUCUUUAUGGGUGGCACUCGCCUAUUCGCAAGCUCAAAACCUGAAACAAAGCACCCCUGGACCGAUAGGUCUUAGGGCUCUUAGGCCACAUGGACACUCGGUUGUUACAGGCGCACUGGCCACGACUUGGCCAGGCACUGCAGCCUCAACAAAGUGGCCGCAGGAUCAGCGACCCACAGGUAGUGAUAGAUUUUUGGCAUAAACGGGCAUAGAUUUUUACAAGAAAACAUGGAGG